AUGGAGAAACAGAAUAUCACUGUGCUGACGGAAUUCAUUUUGAAAGGCAUCACUAACCGUCCUGAGCUGCAGGCUCCACUAUUUGGGCUGCUCAUCACUAUCUAUCUGAUCUCAGCAGUCGGUAACUUGGGCAUCAUCAUUCUGACCAGCAUGGACUCCAGGUUGCAGACACCCAUGUACUUUUUCCUCAGACAUCUGGCUCUCACCGACCUUGGAUAUUCUACAGCCAUAGGACCCAAAAUGUUAGUGAAUUUUGUUGCAAAACGUAACUCAGUCUCCUAUUACCUUUGUGCUACACAGCUAGCAUGCUUUCUUCUUUUUAUUACUUGUGAACUUUUUAUUCUUUCUGCCAUGUCCUAUGACCGCUAUGUGGCUAUAUGUAACCCUUUGCUCUACACUCUCAUCGUGUCACAAAGAAUAUGUUGGGUCCUUGUGAUGAUACCUUACGUCUACAGUGUAUUCGUGUCUCUAAUAGUCACCCUAAGGAUAUUCACUUUACCCUUUUGUGGCCACAAUGUAAUCAAUCAUUUUUUCUGUGAUUGUAUCCCCUUGAUCUCUUUGCUCUGUUCCAAUACACACAGUGUUGAAUUGAUAAUUAGGUUCUUUGCAACUUUUGAUUUGAUUUCCUCUCUUCUGGUUGUCUCAGUGUCUUACCUGCUAAUUCUCACAGCCAUUCUGAGGAUGAAAUCGGCUGAUGGCAGACGCAAGGCUUUUUCAACCUGUGGGUCUCACCUGACUGUGGUCAUUGUCUUCUAUGGGACUUUGAUAUUUAUGUAUGUGCAGCCUAAGUCCAGUCAAUCAUUUGAGACUGAUAAAAUAUCUUCUAUAUUUUACACUCUUGUUAUCCCCAUGUUGAAUCCCUUGAUAUAUAGCUUGAGAAAUAAAGAUGUAAAAGGUGCCAUAGAAAGAACCUGGAAAAAGAUAGUCACUAUUUUUCCUUAA